GAAGUAACACAUUCCUACCAAUAUGGCGGAAAGGGACGCAAAAAGAUUGAAAACUAAAAAGGAUGGAACUCCGCGAAUUUUCAAAACUUUCAAAAGGGAUUGUGUAAAUAGUACCAAGCUUCUUUUAAAUGCAGUUACCGCAUUAGAGAGCGGUUUGGAAGGAUUGUCAUUCGCGGUCUUGAAGGUGGAUUCGUCAAAUGCUCAAAAGCCACAUUCCUUUGGUGAUGUAUCUGUUGAGUGCAGCCCUUGGAAUGUGUAUGGUGAUGCAGAAGGACAUGUUGGCUGCAAUGUUGGAGCGCUUUUUUUAGAUGGCUUGUAUAUUCUAAAGAGUUACGCGGACAUGGGAAAACGGAAAAUACCAAAAGAUCGACUUCAAAGGAGAGCAUUACAAAAUCUACUUAAAUUUUUUGUCAAAAAAACAGAUCAUGAAAGUUUAUUUGAAGAUACAUGUUCUGAAGGACAUUGGUGUGCUGUGCUUGCCCAACAUCUUUUAACAAAGCUGACAGUUAGUUGUAACUACACAAUUGCAUCAGGCUCUGGACUAAGAAUUGGUGAUACAAAAUGUCCUUGCAAGGAAAACGAUGAUUUGGUUGGGGUGAUAGGAGACACCAGCUUUGGCUUAGAGAAUGGAUGGCAUGGAAAUACUGACAUAAUACUUGAGGGAGCUGAUAUUCAAGUAGCUUGCAUGAGAUAUAUGGAAGACCCAGACCACACAUCUGUUGAUUGCGUUGACGAAGCAUCAAAUAAUUUCAAACAGAUCAUUGCUCAGACAAUUGUGUUUUCAUUUUUGCAGAAAAAAAUUCACGGAAAUCAGCUGAAACAUGGUUUGAUUCCAGGGAUUGGAAUCUCCAAAAAGAAAUUAUUAGUUUGUUUUUAUGAUACAGAAAAUGACAUACUUCUUAUAACAAAACCAAUGCUACUUUUUGGUGAUAAAGAAAUUAUCUAUAGCUCUAUUGUAUUUCUUUGGCUUACACUAAACUACAGACAGUUCUGCUCAGGAAUACCCGAUGCGCUGAAAGAGUUCAAAGCAGGCUUCUUACCUGAUCCUGUUUUACGUCAAAUGUAUACUGAGAAGGUAGCUAGACCUGUGCACAUACGUGGAAUAGAAGAAGAAAUGUUUCCUUGGUUAAAUGUUAUACCUUUGGUAUGUCCUGAACCAGAUUUAGAUUUUUCAGACUAUUCAGACCUAUCAGAAGAUGAAAGUUAAAUUUAAAGUUGCUCUGCUUGUCUUGCAGGAAGUGACAGUAUAACGUUGUAGAAUAAUGCUUGUCAGUCUCUGUGAUUACAUCAGUAGUAUGAAUGUA